UGUGUGUCUGCGUGAGAGGUCAACACACACAGAAAUCGUCCGGAAUGAGUCUGUGCCACACAGACAGCCAGCAAGACAUCCCCAAUGCCCACAUACGCCAUUCUGUCAUCGGCCUGUCUGGCCGCCGACCGCUUAAAAGGCAAAGCGGUGGCCCCGUGUGUAUCUGACGAACUGACAAACUGACUCCGCCGCAGUUUGUAUGCCCCUCUUAAUAUUUACACACACCCCCACACACACACACAGAGAGAGAGAGAGAGAGAGAGGUGGCGAGAGUGGGCACAUGUCGCCCAUGGUAUCACAGAGGGGCAACCACAAUACGCACAGCCGGCCAGCGGAGACGGGAGCACAACGGACAAACAAAACGAAGAACUACCAGACAGACAGACAGACAGACAGAGAGUGGGUGAGUGAGUGAGUGAGAGGGGCGGCACUUUCCCCCUUCUCCAAUCAGAACCGAAGCACACAGUCAGCCAGGCGACGAGCGAGGAGUCCCCGGCCGCACACACGAGUGUAUGACACACACAGCCGCCCCCACCUGUGUGUGUGUGUGUGUGCACUCUCUCCUACACUAUGAUGCUGAUCAACCGCAGCUGAUUGUAGGUGCCGUAACUGUCGUAUGGCAGUAUGAUUUGCCUCACUUCCCCUUCCCGCAUCGACAGCCACGCCUCACGCAGCCACCCACUCCGAUCAGACACACGCCAUUCCUCCCCACGCUCAGCGUAGGCUUUGUCCUGGCCCUCGAAUCCAUCACGCCACGUACUCUGGUCGUGCUUGAUUCUGUCGUUGAGUGUGGGCACCCUGCCGGUCCCCUCCUGCACCACCUUGUGAUACGCGCCGCUGGGAUACAGCAUGAAGCCCUCAUGGCCGUUGCCCUCACUGGUGCUGCCGUUGGCCGUCUGAGGCUGCAAUGUGGCGCCAUGGCUGACACGUCCAUACCGACACAGACAGAUAGAGAUGCAUGAGAAGGCGGCGAUGCAUCCAUCCAUCCAUCCAACAUGGCGCUCUCUCACCUGAGGACGUCAGCGAACAUGAUGAUUUUGUCGUUGGCGGAGGGCGGCAGCGGGCGCAUCUCGCCCUCGACCUUCACAGCGUAGCCGCCGUGGCCAUCAGCAUAGACGUCACGGCCGUCGAGCAGGCCAACAGCACGGUCACCCAUGCUCACAAUGGGCCACUGCACACACAGAUGACGUGACAGACAGAUCUGACGCAAUGGACGCAUCAUUCUCCGCUGCCUCCUUGCCUACCUGAAUGUGUAUGUCUGGUGCGUGAUGAGCGAUAUGUGAUGUGCUACGAUGUGCCGGAUGGCUCGAAUGAGGCAAGGCCUGCAACACAUCAAAACAUCACAGACAGAUCUGAUGCCAGAUGCAUCGCAUGCUCACGUACCUGAGAGUGAUAGCGUCUGAUCUCUCUCUGCGCCGCCGGCUCUAGUCAGUCGUCAGUGGUUGCCACCAU